AUGGCCAAAUCCAACACUACUACCAAAAAUACAACCUUAACACCAAAACCAACAUGGGUUUUGCCUUAUAGAACAAAAAAUCUGAAUGAAGUCUACACUCUAGGAAGAAAAUUGGGUCAAGGUCAAUUUGGAACCACAUACCUUUGCACACACAAAACAACAGGAUGCAAAUAUGCCUGCAAAUCAAUCCCAAAGAAGAAGCUUUUCUGCAAAGAGGAUUAUGAUGAUGUUUGGAGGGAGGUUCAGAUAAUGCACCAUUUAUCCGAGCACCCCAAUGUGGUGAGGAUCCAUGGAACCUAUGAGGACAUCUCAAAUGUUCAUUUGGUUAUGGAGGUUUGUGAGGGUGGUGAGUUGUUUGAUAGGAUUGUGAAGAAGGGUCAAUACAGUGAGAGAGAGGCUGCAAAGGUUAUUAAGACCAUUGUUGAGGUUGUUGAGUCUUGUCACUCUCUUGGGGUCAUGCAUAGAGACCUAAAGCCUGAGAAUUUCUUGUUUGAUAGUGUUGAAGAAGAUGCUAAGCUUAAAGCCACUGAUUUUGGUUUGUCUGUGUUCUACAAACCAGGUGAAUCUUUUACUGAUGUUGUUGGAAGCCCUUACUAUGUUGCGCCGGAAGUCCUGCGCAAACAUUAUGGACCAGAGUUAGACGUGUGGAGUGCCGGCGUUAUCUUGUACAUCUUACUAAGUGGAGUGCCACCAUUCUGGGCAGAAACGGAGCAAGGGAUCUUCAGGCAGAUUUUAAUGGGAAAACUUGAUUUCCGCUCUGAGCCAUGGCCUAGCAUUUCCGGCAGCGCAAAGGAUCUAAUCCGGAAAAUGCUAGACCGAAAUCCAAAAACAAGGCUCACAGCUCACCAAGUACUUUGUCACCCGUGGAUCGUUGAUGACAAUAUUGCGCCGGAUAAACCUCUUGAUUCUGCUGUCUUAUCGCGCCUGAAGCAGUUCUCCGCAAUGAAUAAGCUUAAGAAGAUGGCGCUGCGCGUUAUUGCUGAGAGGCUCUCUGAGGAAGAAAUUGGUGGUCUGAAAGAGUUGUUUAAGAUGCUUGAUGCAGACAACAGCGGAACCAUAACAUUUGAAGAGCUAAAAGUUGGUUUAAAGAAAGUAGGAUCUGAACUUAUGGAAUCCGAAAUCAAGGAUCUUAUGGAUGCAGCUGAUAUUGAUAACAGUGGUACAAUUGACUAUGGUGAAUUCAUUGCUGCUACUGUUCACUUGAAUAAGCUUGAGAGAGAGGAAAACCUGUUGUCAGCAUUCUCUUAUUUUGACAAAGAUGGAAGUGGCUACAUAACCAUUGAUGAGAUUCAACAAGCUUGUAAGGAGUUUGGUUUGGAUGAUGUCCAUAUUGAUGAAAUGGUCAAGGAAAUUGAUCAAGACAAUGAUGGACAAAUAGAUUAUGGCGAAUUUGCUGCCAUGAUGAGAAAAGGUAAUGCAGGCGGAGCGAUCGGAAGGCGAACUAUGAGAAGAACACUCAAUUUCAGAGAUGCUCUGGGAAUCCCAAGGGAUGGAUCUGAUCAAUCUGCUGAUGAUUACCUUUAGUAAUUGUUUGGUGAAAAUUCUGAACAAUGAAAAACUUUGGUGACAUGAACCAAAUUUUGUAUUUAUGAGAAUAAACCCAUUAUUAUAAAGGUGUUUUUCUUUAGA